AUGACUUGGCAAGCAUAUAUUGAUACUAAUCUUAUUGGUUCAGGAUUUAUUUCAGCACAAAUUCUUAGUUCAGCAGAUGGAUCCUCAUGGGCAAAUUCAAAUGGAUUUUCAGUUAGCGCCACUGAAGCCCAACAUAUCCUUUCUUGUUUUAAAGAUUCAAAUAAAGCUUCAGCAAUGGGUAUCACUAUCAAUAAUGUUAAAAACUUUGUAUUAAAAGCUGACGAUAAAUCCAUAUACGCAAAGAAAGAUGCUGGUGGUGUAGUUUUAGUAAAAACAAAUCAAACCAUUUUAGUUGCAGUUUAUAAUAGUAAUCUUCAACCAGGUGCUGCUGCUAAUGCUUGUGAAGCCCUUGGUGAUUAUUUAAGAGAACAAGGUUUCUAA